GCUAGCUGUGGAGAGCCCUCGAACCCACUUGCAGGCCAACAACUCCUUGGCACCCCUAGGAACUCUCGGAGCGCGCCAUGGCGGAUUCUGAACGCUUCUCGGCUCCGGGCUGCUGGGCUGCCUGCACCAACUUUUGGCGCACCCGCAAGGGAAUUCUCCUUUUUGCUGAGAUUAUUUUUUGCCUGGUGAUUCUGAUUUGCUUCAGUGCCUCCACACCGGGAUAUUCCUCCCUGUCGGUGGUUGAGAUGAUCCUUGCUGCUGUCUUCUUUGUCAUCUACAUGUGUGAGCUGCACAACAAGAUACAGUUCAUCAACUGGCCUUGGAGUGAUUUCUUCCGAACCCUCAUAGCGGCCAUCCUCUAUCUGAUCACCUCUAUAGUUGUCCUUGUUGAGAAAGGAAACAACUCCAAAAUCGCUGCUGGGGUUUUUGGUCUGCUGGCUACUAUCCUCUUUGGCUAUGAUGCCUAUAUCACCUUUCCAUUGUGGCAGCAAAGACACACAGCAGCUCCUACUGACCCAGCUGAUGGACCCGUGUAAGCGAAUGCCCUUCAUUUCUCUCCAUAUCCUGCAAAUUACACCUCUAUGGAACCAAUUCCUUCCUGACUUUACAAAACUCCCAGCUAAUUUCUAAUCCCCAUGAGGUCAAAGAACCUUUUCUAGAACAUUUCCCAGCUUGUCAAUCACCCUAUUGGGUGUGGUCACCUUCGUGGUGUCUCUAGAUGACCCUUCUGCAGUGUUCAACUGGCCACAUAGUUCUGCUUGGACUAUGCCACUCCCCUUAAGCCCUUAAAUGGGGCGUACCACAGAUUUCAGGUUCCAUGUUGUGACUCAUUCAAAGUAACCUCCUCAGUAUGAGGAGGGACA